AUGCCGGCCCCGGCGGUUCUUCCAGUGGAAGUCGCCUUUCCGGUGGCCACACCGCAGAACGCAACCGCGCAGGCGGUGGAUGCCGAAAGCAGUGAGGGCCGAGGCGCUUCGGAGCCCUUCCCUUGGGCGCGGGAGGCAAGGAGGAAGGAGCUGAAAGAAGAAGCCCCCAAAGAGGCGCAGGAGGCGCCAGAAGAGGAGGCACCAAACGGGGAGGUGCCCAAAGAGGAGGUGCCAAAAGAGGCGCCAAAAGCGGAGGCGAAGGAGGCUGCCCGCAAAGAGGAGGCUGUAGCCAAGGAGGGCAAGGGUGCUGAGGACCUGGAGGUUGAGGCGGCGCUGGCAGCGCUACAAACUCUCACAGAGGACAUGGGACCGCCCGGGCGGCCGCCGCCGCCGCGGCCGGCGCCCCCGGUACCCUCCGCAAAGGGCAUGGCGUUCAUCGACUUCUUUCUCGUUGGGGAGAGGACCGACUUCUUCUCGGAUGAGGACACAGGUCGAAGACCCCUUCAAGGACGACCUGAGCGAUCUGGACUCCGAGGAGGAAACCCAAGUCCCGCCGGGGAAGUCCCCGGAGCCGGCGGCGGCGCCGGACGCGCCGGCCGCGCCGGCCGCGCCGGCGACGUCGCCGGCGAAGUCGCCGGAGCGGGCGGAGCCGAAGCGGCGGCCGCCCACGCCGCCGCGGCCGCAAAGGCGGCGCCUGCCGGAAGGUCCGAAGGCCAAGGAGCCUAG